UUAUUACAGUGUAGUUAAAAGUAAGUUGUGAUAUAGUCUACAUUGUAUUGUUUUGGAUUUAUUAUGAGAGUAUGUAGAACUGGAGGCAACUUCAGUAGUUAUUUUUCAACUUCUGGAAAUGGCGGAGAAGAAAAUAGCUGUUCGCUCGCAGGAUCCGAACCAGCGGCGCGUGCUGGACGGCGCCACGCGUCAGCGCCGUUUGACCCGCCAGCUCGAGGCGCUUGAGAAAGACAACUUCCAAGACGACCCUCACGCGAGUCUUCCGCAGCUUGUCAAGCGACUGCCGCAGUUCGACGAAAGCAUCGAAUCCGGCAAGCGGAGGAAGAAGACAAGGGGUGAUCAUUUUAAACAGCGGUUCCGCAAAAACUUCCAGACUCUUCUGGAGGAGGAGGAUUUGAGUGUUAGUGAGGGUCCAAACUAUUUAACUGCAUGUGCUGAGCCCUCUAAGUUUCCUCAGCGUAAUUUCUGUGCGGUGUGUGGCUUUCCUUCAAACUACACCUGUGUGUCAUGUGGAGCUCGCUACUGCUGUGUCCGCUGCCUAGGAACACAUCAUGAGACCAGGUGUCUGAAGUGGACGGUAUGAUCCGUUCAUAUCUACUAAACUGGUAUCAAGAGCAAAGCUUGAGUUUUUGGUCGUAUUCCACCCAGAAUCUUAGUCUUAUUUCUUUCUUAAGAGUUACGUUUUUUUUCUUAAAAGCAUCACAGCCACU